AUGAAUUGUCAACAACAACAUCAACAAGUUAUAUUUAAUAGUCGUCAGAUGAUUAAAACAAAACACCAAUAUUUUUGGUCAACAAAAUUUUAUAAUAAUACUAACAAAGAUAGUUAUAUUCAACAUUAUCAAUUUCAAAAUAAUAGUGUUAGAUCAACAGAUACUCAUGAUUUAUCAUUGCCUGUUUAUCGAGCACCAUGCACAUUUCAAAAUUCAUUAGUAACAAAUAAUAAAGGUAAGAACGAUUCCUUAAAUAAUCAUCGUUUUACAAAGCAAGUCUACAAGAUUUUGAGUGAAUAUUUAGAUGGUUAUUCAUGUGGAGUAUUUCGUCGUUCACCUCUUUCAUCAACGUCCUCAUCGUGUGUACCGGAUGUAUAUUCACCAGGUUCAAGAUCAAGUGGUAAUUGUUCACCACCUCCGCCAUCAUCAAAUUUACCACCGCCACCGUCUGAAUGGCUUCAUUAA